AUUCCAACAAAAUUGAUUUGUUUUCAAAGAAGAGUUACACUGUGUAAUGGAAGAAUAGCAAUGCCUCUGAAAGUAAAACACGUUGUGGCUGAUGCUGGCGCAUUUAUCCGCAAUGCCCCGCUUCGGGUAAGACUUCUUGAAUAUAGUGCGAGUUAAACAUUCUGUCUCGCUAUCAUUGGGACUGGACUCUUAUUUAAUCUUUCAAUUCUGACUGACCAUAAUUAAUUAACAACAACUGACUGAUGACACACGACUGUUCCGUUUGAUUCAGGGAUUUUUCAGUAGUACUAGUUCUAGACCUUUUUAAUUAGUGUUAGUAUAAGUAGGCCAUAUAAAAAAAUAAACACAUCCUUGCUGAUAUCCCAAGGUGAACACAAGGUGGGGAAAAAAAGUGACGCUACAAAGCGGUGUCUUUGGUUGAAAAUUGAAGGGUAGGCUACUACUUCAACAUCGGUUAUUAAAAGACCGAGUUGUUCCUGUUUGAAGUGCUAUUUAAAUGGUUAUCAGACCUGUUUACUCUUACAAUUUUGGCAUACAAUUUUUAGAGUGUACACCGAGACCCGCCAAAACUAUGAUUUUCAGAGACCCGGUGAAAAAAAAAACUCCGAUUUUAAAAAUUAAUAAUGAAUGUUCGGUUUUGUAAGUUUCAGCCCUUUCUAAAAAAAAGAUCUGGCAGUGAAUGGACAGAGGAAAACGAUAGGUUGUAAUUUUUUUUAAAAGUUAAGUUGGAACCAUCAUUAUUAUUAUGUACGCACUGAGAGGGGAGAUGGGGGCUGUUGAAUAAGGAGAUUUGUGGCAUACGAGACACAUGGGUAGGGGGGAUUGGUGGGAGUGUCAAAGGAUAUAAAAAUAUUACCGCAACGUAUCGUAUUGAUGGUGAUUGUCUUAUUGUUGCUUUGUGUGUCACAGUGAACUAGAUUUCUUCUGCGUCAACAGUAAUAUUUAGACUAGUCACCCUAGCGACAACUUCACUCACCAUCCCCUUUGAUUGCUACCAAGCCUGUGACGUAGCUUUGUUACAUAAUUAUUUUGUUUGCCUGAACCGCAGCCAUUAUGAAAAAGAGAAAACUAGAGAUGCUUUUUAAAUAAAAUACAUUAUCCACCUGUUCUGCAGUGGAACAUUGGAAUGGGACUGACAUAUUUUAUAAGAUCUGUCAGCGGCAUUUAAAAAGAUAUUUAAAAUUCUAUCAAGUACGCUUCGAAAUAACGAAUACACAUAUAAAAUAAAGGGUGAGAUAAAUACAACACAUAUGUAGGUCACUGAGCGCCAACUGUAACUGCAAACAGUAGUUACUCAAGUGGGUAACUGUUUGCACCACGACCAAAAGUUGUCACAUUGGAUUAAAAGUGAAAAUAAAAUUACGAAAAGUUUGUAAUAUUUCACCACGCCCCUGUGAUGAAGCCGCAGCCAUCCAUAUAGAAAAAUGUGCACCUCCACCUGGGUGGUCCAGUAAAAGGACAAUUACUGUGCCCCUUGUCUUUGUGAAGUAAAUGUUAUUUUAUAGUUAAAUUCACUGUUAAGUUCCUUUCUAUCUAAAGACGAUUUUGGUCCCUGUUGCUCUUCGCCAAAUUCUCAUGGCGCUGCCCGAGGGUAAUGAGCAUCCAUGGCGAUGAGGGGUAUAUUCUGGGAACCAGUGGGCUGGCUGAAUCACCAGUGGUGAAAACCCGUGUCAAAUUUCGUUUACGUAACAUCAUAAUAUAUAAUGGAUUUAGUUAAUUUUUUAUUAUUGUGUUGGGGGGGGGCCUAAAAAAAGUAGGAUUGCAACAGGGGGGAGAGGGUUACAUAAUUUGACUUUUAUGUGUACAGGUACGUGCUGUAUAGAUGGCCCCUCCUCGAGUUUGUUUGCUUUGUAUGACCUAAUUUUAUGACAUAAUUAUUUCUUACGGGGCGUGUUUCAUUUUUUGACGUCAAUUUAACUUGAUUCCACUGAACAUGCUAUAUGAGUAGUUAUUAUAAUAUAUACAUAAUGUAUACUGUAUUUUUUAUUUAUUUACCAUUAAGAUACUUUAUUCUAAGAUUUUGAGAAGAUAUUGUAUGAUUGUAGGAGUUUGAGAGUAAACAGGUCUGGGUUAUUAUUUUAUUGAUUUCCAUUAAUAGGGCAGUGGAGAGAGGGCGACUGGGUUUUCAGUGGCAUAGAAAGACAGAGUGGGCACAUUACAGGAUUGCACAGGCAUAGUAAGAUAUAUCCUUCCAGGCUCACUUAUUGUAUUGGACAGAUGGGCGGCUUAUGCAAACAGAAACCAGAUCAGAUAAGAAUCUACAAGCACUUCAUUAUGGUAAAUCAGCAAAAUUUUGUUUGAUCCAAAUGACGCUUGUUUCCACACACAGAAUGUUGAAUAUGCAGAUGUGCGCAAACUCCAAAGACAGUUUCACACCAGCCGCGAUCUUUUCCCUUCAUAUUUGAAUGAGUUCAUGUUCUGCAAUUGUUUCGUUAAGAUGAUAUUUUAAAGAACUUGGGGGGAGUACCAUGCAUAAACUCAAGCUCUGUACAUUGUUACAAAAUGUUCCAUUUUAAAAAUUAUUAAAUUGAAAAAUUGUGUCUUUUAUUUAUGUGCUGAAAUGAAUGUGUACAAUUUUAUAAAAACAUUUCCAUUUAUUUGGGUCAACAAAAGAAUAAACCUUUAAAUAGCUAUUCAAUCCGGAACAAUCUGAUUUGUUAAUAACUGACUUUCAAGUGAUAUUUAAAAAAUUUAAGUAUCUGUAUGCUAUUUAUUUCCAUCAUGUUGCCAUUUCCGGGGACAUUUUGCCAUUAGUUUCUGGGGAGGGGAGAUCCCUUCCUCCACUUUUAUUACAAAAAUAUGAAACAAAAUCCCACUUUCAAGACAAAAAUAAAAGAGAAAAAAACAUGUAUCAAAUAAACCCAAAGCUAAAAUUUGAAAUCUUUUAAAAAUGGAAGUAUGACCGGUAUUUGACUUAGUUUGGGGAACCUCUAUGUCCUAUAUACCGGUACAGUGGAAGACAUCGCCUGCCUUACUGCUAACCCAAUCCUAGCCACCCCAUCUUUUCCUAAGUUUUAGUUUGAGACUUUCACUACUGACCAAUCCAGUAUAUAGAUAAAUCAUAGCUGCAUGCUAGAAACACUGGGCUGGUCACCAAUUGGAAGAACGGUGAUGAUUAUCAAUGAUGUUGAAAAUAAAAAAUGGACUGGUCCACUGCUCCAGCAUUAAACAGAAGCUUACCCCUCUUCCCCCUAGACAGCAAUGAAUCCAUGACAGGCAGUACUGUCUAAUAACAGCAAGAACACAGUUCAGGAACUGCUCAGGGUCAGCUGCAUCCUCAUCUCAAUAGUUGCUUGUGGGGUUUACCUCAGAACCAAAUUCAGAGACUCCAAAAGAUACAAAAUACUGCAGAAUGCAUUGUAUCGCAGGUGAAAAAAUCUGACCACAUCACCCCAGUUCUACGAGAUCUCCAUUGGGUUCCUGUGAAUGAGCGCAUUAACUAUAAAAUUCUGCCCCUGGCGUACAGCUGAAUAGAUGGCUCAGCACCGGAAUAUCUCAAGGAACUGAUUUAUAAACAUGUAUCCGUGAGGAGCCUGCGGUCUUCAUCACAGUACUAGCUGAGUGUUCCUAGUGUGGAUAAACACAGAAAAAAGUCGUACAGAGUGCGCUCUUUUGAAGUGAUAGCACCAAAAUUAUGUAACAGUUUGCCUCAAUAUUUGAGGGGAAUUGUAAAUGAUAAAAAAUCAUUAAGAAACAAUUAAAAACUUUUUCGUUUAAAUAGUUUUCGGAGGACCAGAGCGCAGUGAGCAUGCUAAAAUGGCAUGUAUAACGGCGCGAUAUAAAUAUCAAAUCAAUCAAUCAGUUCCUAAUAUCAUCGCUGAGUAACCCUUGCAAUUAGUGAAGUAUCCUCUUUAAAACCAUGCUUAGAAACAUUAUGAAGCCCCUCUACAAUCCUAGGAGUCAGAAUUAAUAGUACAUUGAUCGUGGGCUCUCAACAUAUAGAAGAAGAAGAAGCUCUCUGAAAACCCAACUAUUUCUAGGGGCAAGGGGUCAACUUGUCCCACCUAUUUACUUUGCAAUGAUUAAGUCCAAGGUGAAAGAAACGUAGCCAGUAGGCUAGGCUAAGUCCUACUUGUCUAUAUGAAACUUUGUCAAUGUCUGAUUCAACUAAUUUAAUUUAUCAUCAGGGGCAAACACUGUCUAUGACAUAGUAAAUUAACUGAAAUUCGGUAAAUGUGAACGACAUAAUAAUGGUUGCUGCUGGUGGAAUUAUAGUGAGUUGUGUCACGAUGUUACAUUAUAGCAUUUAUAGCCUAGUCUAGCAUAUCUGUAGAGUUAUUUUUAGCCACCACCACUUAGACAUAUCUUGUUAGAAUGACCUUGAUAUUGAUGUCAGCGUGUCAAUGUGCUGUGUCACUCCUGCCCUGAAACCCCUUUCUUGGCUUGGUAAAGAUUGUUUACAUUGGAAUGUGUUCUAUUUAUUCUAAAGAAUGCCAUUAGGUGACGCAAUGUCUUGAAUUUCUGUACUAGAAUGUUCCUAUAUAUAGGCUGCAUGCUUUCUUAGCAGCGAGACUUGGAGAGAGCGAGGGAGAUAUUUUUGCUAUACGAGACAUAUAAUUGUGUGUGUGUAAAUUAAUAUUUGUAUUUUGAGGAUUAUACCUUUUUCAUUUGCUGUAAUUCGAUACAGUAUUUUGCUUCUGUAAUGAAAUUUGUAUUUGUAUAGAAAUUAAUUUGUAUAAUUAAAUUAAAUAUUGUUGGUAUCACUAGCUUUGGUAUCAUUUUCUUUGCUUACAGUUUUCUCAGUCCUUUGUUACAUAUUGUUUAUCCUACAAGCCAAAUAUUAACAUAGACUAAAUCUUCAGAACCAUAAUGGUAGGCAACACAUGAGUUGUAUUACUGGGGCUAAAUUGUCAUUGGAUUACAUGAAAUGCAUAAUAAACAAGUGUUUGAGAUCGAGAGUUCAUGGGAGAAUUAAGCUGUUAUAGUGCAGUCUAAUCUUAGUAAUAUAUUGUGUUUAAUAGUCUUUCUUAUGCUGACAUAUUUCAACGAGGCAAAUCUUUUGAGCAGAUACCAAGACUAAAGAUGAAACAUAUUAUUUUAUGAAGCCUCUAGUAUUGGUGUUCAUGAAUCUUAAUGCAGAGUGCAGCAAUGUUAUAGUGCCCUUAGAUAAACGUAGCCAGAAAUACUCGGUCUCGACUAGAGAAAACUGAGUAAUUUGACAGUUAACAUUAUCCAUGCCCAUGGCUCUUUGGGUAAUUUUAGGCAUUGCAGGCCUGUCAAAUAUUUUAUUUCAAGAUUAAGAUUCAUCUUAUUUUAUUAUUAAAGUAAACCUUUUGGGCGAGGGAGGAACUAACUAUUCAUUAUGGAAUAAUACUUAUAUUGUCUUUCUGUCUGAAAUUAACAAACAAUUAUUUCCAGGUGCCAUGUUGAUCAUUGCUUUUUUUUAACUAGUGACCACCAUUUUGUUGCCUGAAAUAAAAUGAUGAGGCAAACUUAGGAACUUUAUUCCAUCAUUCCGAUGUGCGACAAGAAGUAAUGUUUUACUCCACACCAAAAAGCUCAUGAAUGCACAAUCGUUUAUUACAAAUGAACCAAAAAUAAUAAAAAUCAAAAUUUGAGCCUACUGGAUUAAAAAAAUUAAGUUCCAUCCAUCUCUUUUCUGUUAUAAGCAAUCUUUCUGUCACAGAGGUGUUCUUAGAAAAGAAAUGUCACUGUCCAGAUGAUAGCAAGUAAUCCAUAACCCAUUCAUUUUCAUUGAAUGUUUUCAAAUAUUUAUUACAAUUAACUUUAAAUAACAUGGAAGAGCCUAUUACAAAAUAAUUUAUUUGAUGACACUGGCUUCUUGUGUAUUCUACCGAUAAUGUGAUUAAAAGUCAGCUAAAAGGGAGAUUAUCAUCAUUAUAGCUUAUUAAUGGUAUUUCAUCCACAUGUAUAUAUUUUCAGGAUAUUGCAGAAAAUGUUUAUACUGUACCUGAAGUGAUAGCUGAAAGUAUUGAUCGGACAACAAGGCAGAGACUUAAAGUUUUUCCCAUUGACAUUAACUUUAAAGAGCCUUCUGGAGAUGCCUUACUUUUCGGUGAUAUUAAAAAGACAAAUCUAAUUUAUAUUAAAAUCUUGUUAAUCAGAUGAAUGGCAGCGAUUCCAAUGAAAUUUCUAAAUCCUCUCACUUUGACUUUAUAAGUGUUUUAUAGAAAGAGAAUAUAUAAAUAUAAGACAUAUACAGUAAUUAAUGUACCUUACAACAUAUACAGUAAUUAAUGAAUGGAUAUUUAACAGAGCUAGAAAUGUACCUUAUUUAUUAAUUGUUAAACUGCUUGACACUGUCGCAUAAUAGUUAUAGUAUAGGCUAACAUGUAAAAUAUGACUGAACUUCCAUUACAGUAACAUCAUUUGCCAAAAAGACUGGAGAUUACCGUGUACUUUCUGCUGUGGAUAUUAAAGUGCUGGCUCUAGCUUAUGAUCUAGAGAAACAGUUUAGAGGAACGGAUCAUAUUCGCAAAGAACCUCCCACAAAGGUGACAAUUUUUUAAUGUGAACAAAUUAUUAUUUUUAAUGUAUCUUUAUGUUUGAGUGACUGAGGAAAGGUCUGCACAUGGAUUUAUUGUUCUUUUGCUGGGAAUAUACCUGUCACAAUUUCUGAGUGGCUUAAAUAGUUUAGCGAGAUCACAGUUCUACUUAGGUAACAAGGGAAAAGGUAGUAAAAGGUCUUAUUAUUUAUAAAGUCAUAUAAAUUGGUAAUUCCCUCAAAUGUUUAAUGUUUGCUUUUUUGUUGCUGAGUAAUUAUAUAUUUAUUGUAAUACGAGUAGGUCUCUAUUAAAACGGAUUGUAUUUUUUUUUAAACUUUGACUUCAUCCGAAAAAGGCUAUCGGCUCUAAACAAUCACCUUCUCUCCUUUUUUAAAGAUCAAAUCACUAGCAAAAGCACAAUAUGCACUUCAUGGCAUACUAAGUCUCAUUAUAAAAUCAUACAAAUUAUCAUGUUAAAUAAAAGCUUUAAAAAAAAUCAUUUCUGUCUUUUGAAAGUCUGGUCACAUUGUUGUCACAUUGUUUUUGGGGGUUGUGUGAUUGUAACUGAUGGGCAGGUUGUGACCUCUCAUGGCCAGUAAUACAUUUACUUGCAGGUAAAAUGGGCGAAUUUCAAUAUUUUGAGUAUGUUGCCAGGUCUCAAAGCUUUGCUCAUGUGGGACAUUUUAUUUUGAACCACUCUCAGCUAACUCUCUUUAGCCAUAUAAAUAAGUAAGAUUUGAGUGAUUCUUUUUAAAAGAAAGUUGUUUUUUUCCUCCUCUUUAAGCCUGAAUUUGUAGUUGGCAAUAAAACAGAUACUCUUGGUGUUAACUUUGCAAUAAAGGUCAGUGCACUAAAUUUAUUAAGAUCACUUAAUAUAGCUUUAAUAUUCCUAGAAAUAUUUAAAGAGCUGUCACACCUCAUCUUCAGUGGCAUAUUCUUGUCAGGGUCCAAUAGUGGGAGCCCAGCCUCACAAAAUAGCAAUAUCUUGUCCUUAAAUUUGCUUUAUUUAACAUUGAAAUAAUAUGAGCCUUUGUAUACAAAAGCUAAAAUAGCGUAAUGACUUCUUUAUUGUAUAAAAAUAGCUCAAAAUAUUCACUACUAGUAUUUUUUUGUUAAGAAUGCCAUAGUAUUUAUGUACAACUGCAUCACUGUGUGUCUUGUGACUCUGCGAUUUUUCUAAAAAUCCAGCAAUACAGUGAAGGUGAGGCUCUACCGUCUAAUCUCAUUGGUGAGAAAAAAGAAGAUGACAGUGAUGAUGAAGAAUUCCUGGACGCUGAACAAGCCGAGGAUUAUGUUGAAAAUGAUGAGGAGGAAGCAGACAAGGAAACCAAUGCUAUUUGCAGUCCUGAAGAUGAAAACAGUCAAGAAGAAAUUAUCCUUGAGCCAGGAGAAUCUAACAACCAAUCAGAGAAAAAUGAUGUAUCAAAAGAUAGCAAUGAACAAGCUGAUGAAAAUUCUGACCAUGAGGCAAAAGAGGAUGAUGAAGAUGAUGAUGAUGAUGAUGGUUGGAUCACACCCGCAAACAUAAUGGAGGUGAAGAGGUCAAUGGGAGUGGAAACGGCUGUGGAAGAAAAUAUCUGUGUGGGUUGCUUGACUACAGAUUUUGCAAUGCAGGUGAGCUAUUUUUUUUAUAAGUUUCAAUGAAGUCAAUAAAAGUAAAUGACAAAAUCAGGUUUAAUUUUUAUCUCUUUAUUAGUUGAUUCCCUACUUGCGGUUUUAACAUAUUUUCUUUUACUAAUUCAAUUAAAAAAUUUUUUUACUAAUUGAAUAAAUUAAAUUAUGUAAAAAUUUUGAAAACAACUCUGUGAUUAAUCCUUCGGCUGCAUACAUCGCUGGAUUCUGUGUUUAUAUUAUGGGUAGAGUUUUAGGGAUUAUAUUCUAUACAAAUAGAAUCAGCUCUGGAAUCUAUUUAUCUUUUAUAUAUUUGAAUCUGGUUGUAUAUAUUUGAUUACAUUUGUAUUUCUUACUGUUGUCUCUCCUAGAAUGUGUUGAUCCAAAUGGGAUUGAAUAUCCUCUCUGUGGAUGGUAUGCUGAUCACAAAAGCCAAGAGCUAUGUCCUCAGGUGUUUUGGAUGCAUGAGGUACACAUCUGCUGCUUGUAAACUUCAGGCCAAAGAAAUCAUUAUUUAAGCGUAGUUUAUUUCUCAUUUUACUCAUAAAACUUAAUGACUGCAUGUGCAAAUGUCCUGAUUGUGUUUUUCACCUAAUGACUUUUCCAUUAAUUCCCUUUUACUUAAAUGUUAAAAUUUCAGUCCUUCUCUAUAGUACAUGUAACUGAAAAGUAACCAACGUAAACAAUACUCCUAUUAUAAGUAAUAUACCAAAGUAAAUAUUGCUCCAUUUCUAGCAAACAUGCUCCAAUUAUAAGGAUAUUUGAUACCCCUUCUUGCAAACAUUGCUUCCAUUAUAAGCAUAUUCUGCUCCGCUUCUUUUAAACAUUGUUCCCAUUAUAAGCAUUGUGUUAUGGGAAGGGAGGUGUCAGUUCAAUGUGGCAACUGAUCUACAUUAAAAAAUAAGCUGUCAGAUUCUUCAAUAUCUAUCAUCUCCUGAAGUAUUUUAGAACUUUCUUAACUCUGUGUUAUUUAUAAUCAAUUUAAACAGGUCGUGUUCUCGUAGACCCCUGACAUUCGUAUAAGCUACUCUAUUUAAAAUCUGUCACAGAUGUUCUUUUUUUAAAAUUAUUUCAGAAUUACAAAAGAUACUUCAAAAUUAUUUUGUCCUCAUUGCGGCAACAGAACCUUGAAAAGACUGUCUACCACCAUAGAGAAGGAUGGGUCCAUCAGGUACUGGCUGGCCAAGAAAUAUACCAUACGCACCAAGGGAAUGAAAGUAAGAGGCCGAAACAAAUUGAUUUUUGUGCAUGCCAUGUUUACACAUUUUCAUUGAUUAUGCUGAUAUAAGCUAUGGUGUGUACAGUAUAUUGAUGCAUAUAGUAAUAUCCACAUAUUAUUAUUAUGCCCCCCCCCCCCAACCACCACACUUUUUGUUUAAAAAAAGCCCUUUAAAAUCGACUGCGAUCUGUCCCCCCCAUUAUGAAACAUUAGGUUACAAGUACAAGUUGGUAAACUUUCUCAAGACCGACAAUAUUUAUUUUGCUGGGUUUUAAUUCGACAGAAUUAUUAGAGUUAGCAUAAUUAACCGAUGAAUUAUCAUAAUUACAUCUAAAUUGCUAUCAAAUUAAUCACUGGAGUCCAUUUUAGUUCAAGUUGCUACUGGUCGUGAUCUGUAGAAAAACCCUCAAAUUUCGACAACAAUCUGACAUCAAAGAAGCUAUUUUUCUUUAAAAGUUGCGGUUUAUCAAUUUAUGAAGAAAGUAAAUAUGUUAGAUUUGUUAGAUAUGUAAAUAUGCGUGCAAAGCAUAUUUUGUUGUUGUUCGGUGUGGAUAUUAAGUGAAAAAUUGCUUGCUUGCACAUAUAUAAUAUUAAUUUAAUUCGUAAGUACCUGUAGCAUAUUUACUGCAAAUUUAUUUCAUCUUACCCGGCAAUUUAUGGUACCAGUAGCCUUUUAAUUAUUUUCCAUUUAGCCAUUUUUUGCACAACAGUUUUAAAAUUUUGUUAAUCUCCGCACAAGUUUCUUUGAAAAUUUCACCGCCAAGGUUGAAUGAGAUUUUAAGGGAAAAACAAAAAAAAGAGUUAAUAGAGAAAGCUGAUUUGGCCAUUAUUUCACAAACAAGUUAAUUUUAUAUUUUUACCAUAAUUUUGAAACUGCCUAGAAUUUCAGUGAUUUAACGCUAGUUAUCUUUUUUCUUAACAAAGCUGCUUAUUAUAUAUAUAAUGGGAGUACAACAUUUUGCUUCUUUAUCCUCCAGUUCUCUCUACCUAAACCCCAAGGUGGUAAGCAUGCAGUAAAUCCAAUACUCUGUGCUGAUCAGCCAUUACCUGAUCAGAGGCCAUCGAAGAAGUCACUCAUGAAAGUUGACAUUUUGUCACAAGACAUUAUUGCAGAUAUGAGUCCUUUCAGUAUAAAUGAUGUCACCAGCCGGGCUGCCCAGUUAGGCAUAAAUGGACGGCAGUGGUCAAAACGAAAUCCCAAUGAAGGUCAUAGAAGGUUGAAUAAGCGCAAAGGGAAAUAAAAUUUACUGUGAUUAUA